GGCGGGAAGGAUUUGGAGGUUUCGCUUUGAAGCCGCUUUUUCCUUCCUUCCUUCCUUCGCAAUGGAUGCCGCCGAGGUCGAAUUCCUGGCGGAGCGAGAGAUGGUUACCAUCAUCCCCAACUUCAGCCUGGACAGGAUUUACCUCAUUGGGGGUGAGCUGGGCCCCUUUAACCCAGGGCUGCCUGUGGAGGUGCCUCUCUGGCUGGGCCUCAACCUGAAACAGAGGCAGAAGUGCCGGCUGGUGCCCCCCGACUGGAUGGACGUGGAAAAGUUGGAGCAAAUGCGAGAUCAGGAACGCAAAGAGGACACUUUCACCCCAAUGCCUAACCCUUUUUACAUGGAAUUAACGAAGUUGCUGCUGAACUUUGCUGCAGAUAAUAUUCCAAAGGCUGAUGAGAUAAGAACUUUGGUUAAGGAUAUCUGGGACACCCGAAUAGCGAAACUUCGUGUAUCUGCAGAUAGUUUUGUCAGACAACAAGAAGCUCAUGCCAGGCUGGACAAUCUGACUCUGAUGGAGAUCAACACCACCGGGGCUUUCCUCACCCAAGCUUUGGAUCACAUGUACAAGUUGCGCUCAAACCUCCAAGUAGGAGCGAAUGUCGAGUCCCAGGAAUUUUGACAGCAGGGGAUUUUCGUGACCAGAACGAUUCCUUCCAGCCUUUACCUCUCUGGCAUUCACCGGUUUCAGAGCAGAACUCUACGCUGUGACCGAUUGUGAUUGUGAAACGCUCUUCACAGCAUUUGCUUGUGGGGGGAAAAACUGGUCUGCUGAACAAUUAUCAGCCUGGUACCUCUGCCAGCGCUACCACAGUCCUGGCGUUGUCUUUGGCGGGUGAGGAGGACACUGACUCUCCUUGGCAAGCAGGCUCUCGCCCCACACACUCCCAAGGGCUUGCAGGAGUGCCCUUUCAAGAUGCAUCCGUGUAGCUAUUCGAGGUUGCCUGCCUUUUGUGAUAGCUUGUUCUCCUAGUGUUUAUCAGUUGGAAGAAGGAAACAAAUUGAGUUCCAUUUCUGAUGGAUGCUGUUCUUUCAAGGCCAAUACCUUCUGAUCUUUAUGGAAAAGGAGAUUGUUUUAGUCUUCUGACUGCAUAGUUCUCGGCGGCCUGCCAGGGGAAGUGACUUCUUUUGCCUGGCAACUCAACUUUACCUCCAACACUGGAUUCACCGCAGUGUUACUCACUGAAAUCUACCUGUCCGUCACCUUCGGAUAGAAAGGAAUUCCCCUCCACCCCCGAAGGCCGUGAAUGUGAUCACUGAAGUAUGGUGCCUUUUUGUGUGUGUCUGCCAAAAGAGAAAGAAUAGCUUUAUGAAGAAACGAAGCCACAAAACCCAGAGAGUUUGGCUUCGGUUCCAUUUUUCUUUUAAUGCUUGCUUGCUUUGGAGACUGACUAAACCAGCUGUUUGCAAGUAGCCAGAUUCUAACUGUAUUAAUCAUAUAAGCAUUUUCACUGUUAGUCAUAAUAACACAUGUUGUUAGCCAUCAAUUUUUAAAUAUUUGUAGACAGCACUUCACAAUGCGGGGGCGCUCCAGGGAUUUGCUGUAGUGUUUUACUAGGUAAUGAUCAAAUAAAUAUUUUAAAAAGCAGUACAUUGCUACGGUUGUAACUCUCUGACCUCUACUGCGGGUUACGCCUCAGAACAUUUUGCAUUCAGAAGAGGGUUCACAAGAAAAGGAGUGUUGUGUAACACCCGGUGGCUUGUCCCUGUUUAUGAAAAAGCUUAUAUAAAGAACUGGAGGGUUAAAUAUUUGUAAAGUGGAACUUCAGUGUUAAGUUGUUACCUUUUGCUGCAUGUAGAUCUUUCUUCUUUAGUUACUUUCAAGUUUCAACACUGGUAUUAGAGUUUCAGUAAAUGAAUCUUAUUCAGCAAAUUAGUGCUUUUACAUUAGAUUAUGAUUUUUUUUUUGCAGGUGUAUCUAAUAUGUACUAAAACAACAACAUAUAUCUUUAACCUAAGUGCUCUUAAGUCUGAGCCCCUAUUAACUUUUGAUGAGGAAUCAAAGCUUCAAAUAUUAAAGGAAUUGUUAUGCUUUUUCCGAUAUACACUUUCUUUUCAAUACACUUGUAUGUUUUCCUACACAUAUGUUAUCCUGGGGCCUGUUUGAAAACCAGCUUGACUGGAUGCUGGUGGGGGAUUCCUAUCCUAAUUUAAUCCAGAUGUUGUGACCAUGUUUCUUCCUUCAGUGGUUUUGAGGCACCCCAGAGUAAAUUGUGAAGCUGCUAGAUGAUUGGCUCUCUCUUGUCCAAGGCCCCAUUUCUAAUACAAGGGGCUGAUAGAGCUUCUAUUUAACGGUGGGUGGGUGGGUGGUCUGGGAAAAUAAUCCUUUGUCAUGAUUUAGGAACAUUUUAUUACUUUUUUUUUUUGGAUGUCGUCAGAAAUUACAGCCAUAUAUUCAUAAAUACCUAAUAACUACAUUCAACAAAUAUAUUACAUUACAUUUAAGUCAAAACAAGUACACUUAAAA